ACUUUGUGAGCGAAAUUUAAAUACUUUUGUCUUCAAUUUUUCUCGAUAAAAAGUUAACGUCUUGAACAUCCGCAAAAUGUUUAAUUUGUCUAACGAUUUUGAUAAAUUGCGAUCAAUCUCUGAGAAACGAGAUGACGUGUCAGACUUGUUUAAAGUGGAACCACCCGAUCUGGAUUCACAUUUCGAUUUCAGUGAAGAAAACCUUUUUUCGUCGGCCAGUGGUACUAAUGAAAAUGUCGGAUUUUUUAAACAGCCACAACCACCACAAUAUUUGAUAUCCAACAAGGAAAAGCAAACUUCCAUGAAAAAUAUUCUGAAUAUAAUAAACAACAAAACGCCAUUUAAUAAUAGCCCCACAACCUGUACCAGGUUGUCAGAUGCAGACGACCACCCUUUGAAUAAAUCGCCUGAAAAUUUUUUAUUGAAAACUGGAUCAUUAUUUGAUCGAUAUGUUGAUUCAUCUGCAAAUUUUUUGAGUGAUGUGGUAUUGAUUAACAACAAUGAUCAACAACAGCAGUCAUCAUCAACAUCACGUUUCGGUGAAAGCAGUUGUAGUAAAAAUAGGAACCAAUCACAUGCUUUCAAUAAACCUUACAACCCCCAAAGCCAUAGUUGUAAUACUAACUCUAAUAACAGGAUUCAACACUCAAAUCUGAGUAGUUUGCCACAAACAUCUAGCAAGAGGCCUGAUGAUAAUAGCAGUUCAAGAUCAGGAGCUGAAGUUAACGGACUUUUCAAUUUUGUGCUUGGCACUAUGGCUCGGAAAUCAAAAGACAGCAUAUUCCAUAAAAUGCCAUCUACAGAAAAUAAUAAAGUUCGAAGAAAGUUUCCAGGUCCAGCUGGUACUCUUCCGAAGCUGAGCCCUGGCCAGAACAUUGAUGAUGUUUCUCUAAAAAUAGGCACUAAAGCAGUUGCUACUUUAACAAGCCACAACAAAAGCAGUGACAGCAGUGUUGGUCUUUCAAGCACGCAGCAGCAUCAGUCACAAUCACAAGCAUUGGCGUCACAACUGGAUGACAAAUGCUCAUUUUCAAGCUCCCUAUGGACGGCUGCCAUCUCUGACCUUGACGACGUCUGUCCUGCUCUCUUUCAUCUUCUUGACAGAUUCUCCCUGUCCACUGUUUAUAAGAGGGUAAAGAACAACCUUCUGCCAAAUUAUAAAGUACCCGUGGUGUGUGCCAUGGUGGAGAGCAUAACGAAGCAUGCAGAUGAUGCCACAAUCUACCUUAAAGAUCCCUCUGGAACCCUCCAGGGAGCUGUCCACAGGAAGAUCAUCGAUGACUACGCUGAUAAGAUUCAUGUCGGCUGCGUCAUGAUCAUGAAACAGGUGGCCGUUUAUUACCCGAAAUACAGUCGAAAAUGUUAUCUCAACCUAACUCCAAAUAACUUGAUUAGGAUAUACUCCAGACCUCUGGACACCAGCAGUUACAUUCCCGGGCACAUGCCCACUUUCACUAACGGCCUGACCAUUACGAAAAUUCAGGAUGACAAUUUUUCAGAUUUGUACAAGUUCAUCGAGAGGAUAAUAAAAUCCCCAGAGUACGAGGGUGAAGUUGGAGAUAAUCCCAGCGGAAUUAUUGGCAUGCCCACUAACCAUGUCCUGUGGGACGUCGGCUGUCUUAAGGAUAUACCUGCAACCUUUGUGGCUACUAUCAAUCAGAAAAAUUGCAAUCCAAUAAAUGUUACCACUGGGUGGAAUAUUAAGAAUAAUAAUAAUAAUAACAACAACAAUAAUAAUAAUAAUACAAACAGUUACAAUAAUAAUAACAGUAGCAGUACUAGCGGUAAAAGUAAUUAUACUUAUAGCAAUAUUCCUACUACUGCUACUACUAAAAACAGGUGCUGUAUUAAUCUGAGUUGUAGUACAAGCUAUGGCAGUAACAUUAAUCACAAUCACAGCAGUAGUAACAGUAAUAGUAGUAGUAAUAAUAAUAUUAACAACAGUUGUAACAUGAAUAAUGUUAAUAUUAACAUUAACUACGCCAGUAACAAUAACGACAGAAUUAGUGUAUCGAACAUGACAAACGACAACAACAAUGAUGUCAGCAUCGAAUACGACACCCCACCCGAGAUACUGGAUGAUUGGAUACUGGAAGAUGAUAUGGAUGGCAUCAAUUUAAAUGAACUGACUGAUAGCAAUCAGAAUAAAACUAAUUACGACAAUAAUAGUAAUAAUGUUGACGCGACUGGCGAUGCUAAUUUCAAAAAUGGUGAAAACGAUAAUGAAGUUGACAGUGCAAAUAAUGAUGAUUCGAAUAAUGGUGGAAAUAAUAAAUGUGGUGAUAAAGUUAAUGAAGUCGAUGAGUCCAUGUUUGACGUGAGUAACUUCGAUCUAGGCCUUGAUGAUAUCAUUGAAGAUGAUGACGAUAAUAAUAAUGAUAAUAAUGUGAGUAAUGGUCUUAAUAAUGGAUGCGCCGGUAUUAAUGUUAAUAAUAUCGCUAAUGUUGAAAAUAAUGUGAACAAAAAUAAUAAAGACAAUGAUAAUAAGAGCAAUAAUAAUAAUGAUAAGAGAAACACCAAAAAUUUCGAUAGAAACAGUGUAAGUGCUGUUGAAAAAUCUAAUAAUUUUGACAGUUUGUUUAAAAUUAACUCUCCCAGCAACGAACAAACGCCAACUUUACAGCUUUCAGCUAGUCCAUACAUGCAACAUUCCAGUAACGAUUGUACCAUAACUACUAAUACCGUCACAAAUACCUGUUUUGACACAACCACCUCCAUGAACACGAGCGCAUGUAUUGGUUCAAAUGUACAAAGACCAAUCAAACACAGUUCACACGAUGGAAGUUCAAGUCAGAUUACAAAAAGUCAGAGCAAAAGACCGAAAUUUGUUGUUCCUGUGUUGAAAAACCCGUCAACUCAAUCAACAUUUCUUAAGAAAGAAUCAGAUGGAAGGUUAAAAUCAAGCGGUUGUAAUCCAGUCAAUGAUUCAUCAUCGUCUGCUGCUAGACAACAAACGACCUCACAAACAUCAAAAUCUACAUUUUUUUUUAAUAAGAAUGAUUACAAUACAUCAACACAAAGUUUAUUUUCAUCAGCGCACGAUGACGUCACUCCAUCACAAAGUCAGAACAUCUUCGACACACAGGUUUCACUAAUAACCAGGCCUCCCUCACCACGUCCUCACUAUCUCCCUGAUACGAUGAAUGACACACAAGAUGCAAAUAAUUUCUCACCACUGCUUCAAUCCAACAGCAACUUUUUAGAUAGGAUGGUUCCAAUUGAAAGAACUAACAGUGAAGAUAAAGUUGAAGACCUGUUAAACGGACUUGAAUCCGAACUGAUGGAUGAUUUCUACUAACUUGAAACAGCGUUCUUCCUUUGUUCAAUCAUUUCAUACCUGAAUUUUGACAUUUUUUUCACUAUCUUCUUCUGGUUCUGUUUCAAUUCAAAGAAGCUUCAACUUUUUAAUAGUAAUCAUUUGUGUUCGAUUUAAACUGUUUAUAAAUUUAAUUACCUUUACAAAUCUACAACUGUUUGACGAAGUUUUAUUCUGUCCAAAAUUGUUAUUCAGUUUAUUCUCCCUUAAGAUUUUCAAAAAACUUUUGAAAGUUUAAGUCAAAACGAAUGA